AGCGCAAGCCCCAGCUCAAGCCCGGAAUCGAAGACCAGGGGCGACCCGUCAAGGCAUCAUGGCAUUCACUGUGCGAGGACGGAAGCUGCGGGCGACAAGCGCUCUGGUGUUGGCGCUGCUGGCGGUGCCCACGUGCUUCAUUGGAGCCUCCGCACCUAGGACCCGGGCAGACAUCGCAACCUAUGCAGAGGCCAAGGAGGCCGCCGCUGCCGCCGCUCCUGCGCCGCCGCCGCCUUCCUCCGCCGGCUCGUCUGUGGCACUGGUGAAGGUGACCAAGGAGAACAAGAUCGCCACCGCGGGCGUGCUGGGCGGCGUCACGGGCCUGCUCUUGGGCGGCUUUUGGAUCGGCGCCGCCGGCUUUGUGGCGACCUCCUACCUGGCCAAGAAGGAGGACGAUGAUGUGGCCACCGCUCUGCAGAGCGUGUCCAGUGCGGCGCUCGAGGCGCUCAAUUUUGCCGACUUUGUGAACACGAAGUAUGAGGUGACCGGCAAGGUGGGCUCUGCGCUUGAGGAGGCGCUGGAGAAGAACGCGGGGGCCAAGGACUCGCUGAAGCCGGUGCAGAGCAGUCUAGACACCGUGACGGAGGCCAUCGAGAGCUUCGACAAGGACGUGGGCAUCAAGGAGACUGUGGGCAGCUUGCUGCUGGCGGGCUCUGAUCUGGCCAGCCAGCUGGCGACCAAGGUUGUCGAGCUCAACAAGGAGUACAAGGUCACCGACCAAGUGAAGGCCAAGAUCGAAGAAGCCAUGGACAAGUCCAAAGCAUCAACCUCCUGAAGCCGCUGAUUUGCUGGGGGAGGGGGGCAUUUUCCACAGCGACCAGAUGGAAGCUGGGUGCGGUUGGGCCGGAUCUCUCGAAAGGAUCGGAGGGGCUGGGGCAGGCACCCA